AUGGCCAGCCCUGUAACUGCUCCCUUCAAGUCCGUCCGGGUGGACGCUCUUGUCGUUCUCAAGAUCGCCAAACAUUCCUCCUCAGCGCACCCCCAGGUCAUUACUGGCCAGCUUCUUGGAAUGGACGUGGACGGCGAGCUCCAAGUGACAAAUUCCUUCCCAUUCCCAUCUGCCGAUCCUGCUGCCUCUAGCGGCGAUUUCAAUGAUAACAACAGCUCCGCCAACGCUGCUGCAGCCGCCCCAAGGGCAAAGGCAAAUGCUUUCUACCAAGCAGAGAUGAUGAGGUGUCUGAGGGAGAUGAACGUGGAUGCGAACAGCGUUGGAUGGUACCAAAGUGCCAACCUGGGAAAUUUCUUGAACGCCAACUUUGUCGAGAACCAAUAUUUUUACCAGUCAACUCUCAAUGAGCGUACCAUCGCCCUUGUUCACGACACUGCUCGCAGUGCACAGGGGACACUUUCACUCCGUGCAUUUCGCUUAACGCCUGCAUUCAUGGCUGCUCAGAAAGAAGGGAAAUUCACCUCAGAAUCUCUUGCUAAGCACAAUCUCACCUAUCGCGACAUUCUCAUUGAGCUCCCUGUCACAAUUCGCAAUAGUCACCUCCUUACAACUCUUCUCCACCAACUUGACUCACCACCUCUUCCGGCUAACCCAACCCCAUUCUCCCUCUCUACACUCACCCCGACUCCAUUGUUCCCCAACUAUGAUAGCCUGGACCUGAGCAUCGACCCUUUCCUCGAGAAGAACUGUGACCUUCUUCUCGACUCGAUAGAGACCCACUACACUGAGCUCAACAAUGCCCAAUACUAUACCCGCCAGCUUGCGCGUGAACAGGCAAAGAUCACUGCAUGGCAAACCAAGCGGAAGAGCGAGAACGUACUUCGUGCAGCGGCAAAACAGGAACUGUUGCCAGAGGAUGAGUGGACCAGAAUUUAUAAGCUUCCCCAGGAGCCCAGCAGGCUUGAGAGUUUGUUGAACAGCAGACAGAUUGAGCAGUACGCAAAACAGGUGGAUGGAUUCACAGCUGGUGCGACAGCUAAGAUGUUUGCGGUAAACGCGGGCUUAAACAAGACAGAUUAA